ACCUUCUACUGUAGCUGCAAUCCCAAAAUAACUGAUGCAUAUCUUUGCAAUGUCAGGUUUCAGACAACACUUCAAUACUUUCCACGAAUAAAACUGCAAAUCGCCCAAACGCAUUCAAUUUAAUCUGACGAACAAGUAGCGUCAGCAAGGGAGAAAUCGAUAUUUGUUCCUCCGCAACCUGUGAGUUUAUACUGAAACGAUUUUCCUGUGGGAACACUCGUUUUCUCUAACGCAUUUCGUUUUGCUUUGUUUUUUUUUCGGUUUGUUCUAAAUUUAAUGCUAGUAGUAGUGAGAGCUGCGCAGUUUGGUGGGAUAGCAUCAUCCUUGAAGGAUACAUCAAGUUCAUUGCUGGACUGCUUCCACCAGCAGCGGAUUGUUUUAGAUUUUUUCCAAUCAGUGAUUAUAAAACAGUGCAAAAUGGUUUGGACUCACAAAUACGAUGGCGAUUCUUCCUCCACGAAGAUGGCUCAAGCUGGAGUUCUUCCCUCUCAGCUCCAAGCAGCGGACGCUGUGUCCCAUUUGGAGCACAUGUGUGCCCUUAACAUUACUUCUAAAGUUUCUCUGGUACGACGUACCGGAAUCGUGUGCACCAUUGGACCAGCAUCAAGAGAUCCCGAAAUGUUGGUUCAAAUGAUGGAAACUGGCAUGAACAUUGCGCGAUUGAAUUUCUCCCAUGGCAGUCAUGAGUAUCAUGCCGAAACCAUCAAAAACAUUAGAACUGCUGCAGAAUUGUAUGAUAAGAAACAUGGAAUCACGUAUCCAAUCGCUAUUGCUUUAGAUACCAAAGGACCCGAGAUUCGUACAGGUCUUUUGGAAGGGGGCGGUUCCGCUGAAAUAGAAUUAAAAAAGGGCGACACCAUUCGCCUUACAACCGACAAAGCUUACGCAGAAAAGGGAAAUGCAAACGCGAUUUAUGUAGAUUACGAAAAUAUGCAAAAAGUCGUCAAAGUUGAUAGCAUCAUUUAUAUAGACGAUGGCUUGAUUUCGCUUGUUGUGAAGGGAAUAGAGGGAUCCUUCCUGGUUUGUACUGUCGAAAAUGCCGGCAUGUUGGGUAGCAAGAAAGGUGUGAAUCUUCCUGGAAGCGACGUGGACCUUCCGGCCAUUUCAGAAAAGGACAAGUCCGACUUGAAAUUCGGCGUCGAGCAAGACGUGGAUAUGGUUUUCGCGUCCUUCAUUAGAAACGCUUCUGCUCUAACGGAAAUCAGAAAGAUUUUGGGAGAAAAGGGUAAAGACAUCAAGAUCAUAUCGAAGAUCGAAAACCACCAAGGCGUGGAAAACAUCGACGAAAUCAUUGAGGCUUCUGAUGGCAUUAUGGUGGCUCGUGGAGAUUUGGGUAUUGAAAUUCCUGCCCAAAAGGUGUUUCUAGCCCAAAAAUCCAUGAUGGCCAAAUGUAACAAAGUUGGAAAGCCUGUUAUUUGUGCCACGCAGAUGUUAGAAUCGAUGAUCAAAAAACCGAGACCUACAAGAGCUGAAGGCUCAGACGUGGCCAAUGCUGUUCUGGACGGAGCAGAUUGCGUCAUGCUAUCAGGAGAGACAGCGAAGGGAGAUUAUCCCAUCGAAUGCGUUCAGAUUAUGGCCGAAAUAUGCAAAGAAGCCGAGGCAGCCAUUUGGCAGAAGCAACUUUUCUUCGACCUCACUGCUCACAUUAAAGUGCCAAUUGACACUGCACACGCUUUGGCCAUCGCAGCUGCAGAGGCUUCUACGAAAUGUUUGGCAGCUGCUAUAAUCGUCUUGACGACAUCGGGAAGAUCGGCACAUCUUGUGUCUAAAUAUAGACCACGUUGUCCUAUCAUCGCUAUCACAAGAAACGCAAGGACAGCACGACAGGCUCAUCUAUUCAGGGCGAUACUUCCUUUAGUGUACAAAGAGGAACGAUGCAGCGACUGGUUGAAAGACGUCGACAACAGGGUUCAGUAUGGAAUAACUUUUGGUAAAGUAAGAGGAUGUAUUAGUUCAGGAGAUCCCGUUGUUGUUAUUACAGGAUGGAAACAGGGUUCUGGAUACACCAACACCCUACGUAUAGUUUACGUGGAUUAAACGAGGACUUGUUUUAUAGGCAACAAAUUCCAUGUUUAGAAUUAAUAUCUA